CAGAGCCGGAAGUGUAACCGAGGAAGUAACCAUCUUCACGGCAACAUUGUAUUUAGGUUGUGCGGUCUUGGCUUAGAUGUGUUUUGAGAAGAUCUACAAAGGCUAGAAUUUAAUAUUAGGCUAUUGCCUAUAGUUUGGUCUUUGUAAUGGGUGGAUAUGGCGUCAUGGCGAGCGAGGAGUCAUUGGAUUAUUCCGUGCACGAAGCAUGGAAUGAAGCGACAAAUGUUUACCUUCUUGUUAUUUUGGUCAGCUUCGGACUCUUGAUGUAUGCUAGGAAAAACAAGAGGAAGAUCAUGCGCAUUUUUUCACUGCCCCCCACCGUCGGGGCAACACCAGAACCGAACUUUUACGACAGUUUGCAGAAAGUCAGGCUGCGACAACAGCUGGAGAUGUACUCCUUGGCACGGAAAUAUGACCAAGCCCAACAGGCGCAGUCAGACAGUGUACAACUCUCCAUGGAGUAAAAGCCAGUGGCCCUUGGCCAUGCAUCGCACCUCUCAUUGCUUCUUCAGCUCAUUUACUUCAUAGUGACUACAUCAACAACUUGUCACAGAAACAGUGAAAACUGACUGUAGCCAACUUCAGUGCCAGGGAGUCAGUGGAUGCAGACCAAUGUCUUGGACUGUGAUGAUAGUAGGCUACACACUCUUGGGACAUUUGCAGGAUUGGGUGAUAACCUUUUUGAAAACGAUAACUAGUAUAAAUAUAAACUGCAUCUGUUGUAACUUAUUCCAUAAGUAGAAAGUCAUAUUUGAUUUAGAUAGUCACUUAGAUAGUGGGCUGGUGAUGUGUAAGUCAAGUAAUGAGAAUUUGCCUCCCUCUAGUGGUGAUGAGGAUAAUUGCUGCACAACAUUACUCGCAUUCCCAUGGAUCGCUUGCCAGUAGAACUGAAUGCGUAUUUUUGCUUCUCCUGACUUCUACAUAUAGGAAGGAUUGGAUGUUGGAUAAAGUUAGUAUAACAUCUCACCUAAGAGGUGAUCUUGUGAGUGCUCCGUGAUUUUUGAAAUAAUAAUAAUAAAAGUAUGUCUUGUCUUAUAUUGAAAUUGUAA